AUGUCAUUGGAAGAGAAAUUAAACAAGGAAGAAGUUCAUUUUUUGAAUCGAGCCUUUGAAAUAGCUGUAGAUGCAGUUGCUAAUAAUGAAGUUCCUGUUGGUUGUGUUUUUGUUUUCGAAGGUCAAGAAGUAGCUUUUGGGCGAAAUGAUGUAAAUCGUUCGAAGAAUCCCACGUAUCAUGCAGAAAUGGUUGCUCUUGAAAUGAUGAAACAGUGGUGCACGGAUAACGGACGUGAGUUGGAGGACGUAAUGCGCUGCACGACUCUAUACGUUACCCUUGAACCAUGCAUCAUGUGUGCUUCAGCAUUAUAUCAUCUGCAUUUGAAAAAAAUCUUAUAUGGUGCAGCAAAUGAACGAUUUGGUGGUUUACUUAGUGUUGGAACAAGGGAAAAGUAUGGAGCUAAACAUUUCAUUGAAAUUAUGCCAAAUCUUAAUGUUAGUCGGGCUGUGAAGUUGUUGAAAGAAUUUUAUGAGAAGCAAAAUCCAUUUUGUCCAGAAGAAAAACGAAAAAUAAAGAAACCAAAGAAGUCACGAAGCAUUGAUGACACUUCCGAUGACGUUACUGUUGUAGAUAUCUGA